UCAGCGCUAGUGACAGUGUAUCGCAAUCACAAUAUUCGAGAUUCCAAUAAUUACCGAUAACAGUUUCGGAUAUAUUGUACAAACUACAUCGACCUUUCUAUAAUAAUAUCUUAUCACGAACUUGAGAAAACAAAAGCUGGGAAUCGUCGGUAGACGCGCACGUCUUUAGUGAUGAACGGACCGCAUCAUCAUUUUCAACGCACUUAGACCGAAAUUAAUUGAUUUUAAUUGGCUCCUCGGGCGGCUCUGGUGCGCGACCAGUAGUACUUUACUACUUUUCAAGUGGUACCCACCGAUUUAAAUUGGUGCGCGACGUUUCUCCUGUGAACCGCGCUCUCGGUUACGAAAUUUCAUCCGUGCACGGUUUGCGAUUGUUCUCGGUGCAGUGCAUUUUUGUUGAUUUCGAGGUCCAAGCACUUUAAUACACAUUCAAAAUGAGUUUGGUGCAGACAUUCGGCGUGAUCAAGAGCAACUUCAAGCUCAAACCCAAAGAGUAUACGAUCGACAACUGGGCGUUCAAAAUGCAUUACAAAGCUACGGUGCUCUUCUUCUUAGUUUCGACUAUCCUGGUGACUUCCAGGCAGUACAUUGGAGAACACAUCAGGUGUAUUGCUGAUGGAGGUGUACCAGCACAUGUGAUUAACACGUUUGCUUCUUCACAUCUACGUUCACAGUGCCCUACGUGAAUAUGACUAAAGAGAUGGCAGAGAAACUUGAAAUAGAGGUCAAACAUUUGGAUGCGAAACUGAUAGACUCAGGAGGACUAGCUCAUCCAGGAGUUGGACCGUACGGGAUCAAUUCUACGGAACCAGUCAAAAGGCACGCGUACUACCAGUGGGUACCGUUCGUACUGUUCGGGCAGGCUAUUUGCUUCUACUUGACGCAUCUGCUAUGGAAGAAAAUGGAAGGUGGUAGGAUAAGAUACAUCGUUGAUGGCCUGAAGUUGGCAGCGUUCGCUCUGCAAGAAAAAGAACUACAGUCAGGUGGAAAGACAAUCCCUUCAAAGAAAGACAAGGAAGAAAAGAUCAAGAAACUUCGCGAGUUCUUCCUCAAACGAGUCUAUAUAAACAACUUCUGGUCAUACAAGUUGAUUGGAAUCGAAGUUUUGAACUUCUUGCAUGUUAUCCUACAGAUCUAUAUAACAAACAAGUUCCUGAGCGGGAACUUCCGACAGCUCGGUUCAGAAGUUUGGUCAGAGGGGCUGGAUUCGAGCGUGGACGUACUAGACGAGGUGUUUCCCAAGGUAAGGAAAACGUAUACAGUUUGUUUUAUAGACGAUUAUUGA